AAACUUUACCAAACGAAAAAACGCAUCAAUCUGGGAGAACUGAGAAGAUAGUAUCAGUGAGACUUCGUUUAAAUACAGAAACUCUGUUGGGUUUGUUUGGUAUCAAAUCAAAGACAAAGACAAAGAAAAAGUGAAAAACAAAACAAUGGCAUCAUCGAAUGUUGUUUCACAAGAAGAUGGAACCAAACCCGCAAAGAGAAAACCCACUUUCACAAAAGUGGAUCAGAUGAAACCUGGAACAAACGGACACACUUUGAUUGCUAAGGUUUUAACCUCCGAAACUGUUCUGCAAAAAGGUGGAGGAACAAGACCUUCUUCAUCUUCUCGUGGUAUUGUUCGUCCUACUCUUAUCUCUGAGUGUCUCAUCGGUGAUGAAACUGGUACCAUCAUUUUCACCGCUCGCAAUGAACAAGUUGAGCUUAUGAAGGCUGGAAAUACAGUAAUCAUUCGCAAUUCAAAGAUCGACAUGUUUAAGGGAUCAAUGAGGCUGGCCGUUGACAAAUGGGGGCGCAUUGAGGUCACUGACCCUGCAGAGUUCGUUGUUAAAGAGGAUAACAACCUAUCUCUCAUUGAAUAUGAAUUGGUGAACGCGGUAGAAGAGUAAUUCAUAGUUAAAGAGGGCAACUACCUAUCUUUUGUUUGUGCUGAUAUGGUAAAACUUAACUGGCGUAUACAUUUUCACUUUAAUUAGACUGGAUUUUGACUUCAUUUUAGGAUUAAGUUUAUGUUACUUGAACAAUGUUAAGCGAUCAGUAUUUGCUAUCUA